AUGCCGUCGACUCUUUUCCGAACUUGUCUGGAUCCCGAGAAACACGGAAUCACGCAAGUCCUCCCUGGACGGAUUUGUCGUUUUUGCCUGCCCUUCGACCAGAGAUCUUCGAAUUGGUUGAAUGGCAUUCGUCUCAGUCUUUCGCACAACAUUAACUCAAGGCCAACAGAAUCUAUAAUUGACUGCUCUUUCUUUUGUGCUGCCUCAACUCGUUGUUUUCACCUGCUUAUAAUGGGCCCGGCAUUGGAAGCCAGCGAAGAGAUGAGGAAAUAUCGUACCUCCUUCCAUCCUUACUUAUUUAUCUAUCUACCGUACCUCCCUCCCUCCCCCUAUCUAUCUAUCUAUCUAUCUAUCUAUCUAUCUAUCUAUCUAUCUAUCUAUCUAUCUCCUUCUGUUCAUCAGAAUUCAUAUAAAUCUACUCGUAUCUAUCUCACUUCCUCCUCUCACCAUUUCUAUCUAUCUAUCUAUCUAUCUAUCUAUCUAUCUAUCUAUAUAUAUAUAUAUAUAUAUAUAUAUAUAUAUAUAUAUAUUAGCCUCAGAGCUUAUUCAAUGGUUGGAGACAAUGACCAAUUUAUUUUUUUUUUUCCUCUUUCAUUAUGCGGUGUCUUUUCCCUCUAA